UGGGGUCCCCCGCGGUUGGAUGGCUUCAUUCUCACCGAGCGCCUGGGCAGUGGCACGUACGCCACGGUCUACAAGGCCUACGCCAAGGUGGAGACCUGGAGGGAGCCUCGUGUCAGUGUCUUAAAAAUGGGCUUAAAUGUAUUCAUUGGUUGAUUCUUGUAUGUGCCCUGACUGGGAGGACACCUGGUGGGCUGGGAGGAGUCUUGGACAGGGUUCUGGAAGGCUGGACCCACUUAGGAAGCAAUCUGGGCAGUUCUAGAACAUGGAAUGAAGGACAUGCCUUAGUGGGAGCACUCUAGAAGGGCUAAUAGGACUAAGAGAGGGUUUAAGAACACCAGGCUGGGUGGGGAGGCCAGAAUCCCAUAAUCGGGUUCUCAUUAGCCUGAGAAGGGGAAGGUUGGAUGCUGGUGUGAGUGGGUAAGCCCAGUGAGGGGAGAAGGGUAGAGGGAAUCAGAGCCUUUCUGGCCAGGCAUGGGCCCUGGCUUGCUCAAGGUAGAGCCCUCAAAUCUCCUGCCUCCGUAGAAGGACACUCGAGAGGUGGUAGCCAUAAAAUGUGUGGCCAAGAAGAGCCUGAACAAGGCAUCCGUGGAAAACCUCCUGACAGAGAUUGAAAUCCUCAAGGGCAUUCGACACCCCCACAUCGUCCAACUGAAAGACUUCCAGUGGGACAGUGACAACAUCUACCUCAUCAUGGAGUUCUGUGCAGGAGGUGACCUGUCUCGCUUCAUCCAUACCCGCCGGAUUCUGCCUGAGAAGGUGGCUCGUGUCUUCAUGCAGCAGAUGGCUAGUGCCCUGCAGUUUCUGCACGCACGAAACAUAUCUCACCUGGAUCUGAAGCCACAGAACAUUCUGCUGAGCUCCUUGGAGAAGCCCCACCUUAAACUGGCAGACUUCGGCUUCUCACAGCACAUGUCCCCGUGGGAUGAGAAGCAUGUGCUCCGCGGCUCCCCUCUCUACAUGGCCCCCGAGAUGGUGUGUCGGCGGCAGUACGAUGCCCGUGUGGACCUCUGGUCCGUGGGGGUCAUUCUGUAUGAAGCCCUCUUCGGGCAGCCCCCCUUUGCCUCCAGGUCGUUCACAGAGCUGGAAGAGAAGAUCCGGAGUAAUCGGGUUAUCGAGCUUCCCCUUCGGCCCCAGCUCUCCCCAGACUGCCAGGACCUGCUACGGCGGCUCCUAGAGCGGGACCCUGGUCGUCGCAUCUCCUUCCAGGACUUCUUUGCCCACCCCUGGGUGGACCUGGACCAUAUGCCCAGUGAGGAGAGCCUGGCACAAGCAACCAUCCUGGUGGUGCAGGCUGUGAAGAAGGACCAGGAGGGGGAUGCUGCGGCUGCCUUAUCGCUCUACUGCAAGGCUCUGGACUUCUUUGUGCCUGCCCUGCACUACGAAGUGGAUGCACAGCGGAAGGAGGCAAUUAAGGCAAAGGUGCAACAGUACGUGUCCCGGGCUGAGGAGCUCAAGGCCAUUGUGUCCUCCUCCAAUCAGGCCCUGCUGAGACAGGGGGCCUCUGCCCAAGACCUGCUCAGAGAGAUGGCUCGGGACAAGCCACGCCUCCUGGCUGCUCUGGAAGUGGCUUUAGCUGCUGUGGCCAAGGAGGAGGAAGCUGGUGGGGAGCAGGACGCCCUGGACCUGUACCAGCACAGCUUGGGGGAGCUGCUGCUGCUGCUGGCAGGGGAGCCCCCAGGCCGGAGGCGGGAACUGCUUCACACUGAGGUUCAGAACCUCAUGGCUCGAGCUGAAUACCUGAAAGAGCAAGUCAAGAUGAGGGAGUCUCACUGGGAAGCCGAGACCUUGGACAAGGAGGGGCUGUCGGAGUCUGUUCGGAGCUCUUGCACCCUGCAGUGACCUCAGAAAGAUGACUGCACAGACCAUGGGCCACCUGAAGUUGGGGGACACACCUAGGCUGCUGCCCGGAAUUCUGUGGCCCUCUGCAGCCUGGCGGGGUAGCCUUCCUGGAUGGGCAACCCUGUGAGCACCGUGUCCUAGGGUCCCUAACACCCUCAGGAUGCCCUCCACCCCACAAAGGCUCUGAUGGCCCAGCCCUUUAUGGGCUGGGAGCACUGGGUCUGGCCCCAGGGGAGGAAGCAGGCCUCUGGGAGAAGUGUCUCAUGUGACUGGUUAACUGGUGACUGCUGGACCCUGAGCCUGUCAAUUUAGGGCAUGAAGGCUCAGAUGUAGCCUGUGCCCACCCCUUUCCUUCCUGGGAGCCCUUAUUUCAACUUGCCUCUGUCCUCGCAGUGGACCAGGGCGCUCAGGGACCAUCCCCCCAAUGGUCUGCACUCAGCCCCACAGAACACCAGUCAUCUUGGAAGCUGAUGUCUGUCCACCCUGUCUCAGUAUUUUAAGUUAAUCCCGCAAGCCAUGAAAAUAAUAUAUUUCGAAGGAUGGGGCAAAUUGAAGAAACUCAUGCCUGUUCCUGCCCUGCCCCAGAGGGUCUGCGGGGAGGUCCUUCAUCCUCACCCCUCCAGCCUUCAUCUCUCUUUAGGGAGCACCCCUUGUUUUCUGCAGAGCUGGUCCUGGCCUGGAACAGGGAGGCAUGGGGCCUGCCCGACUCCUCAGGUUUUGGAGACCCACUAGCCCAGGAGACAUUUCAGGACUGACACGGCUGCCACCCCAGCCUGUGCCCUGGGCAAGCACCUUUCCUUUUCUGGGCCUGGGUCUUCCCAGCUCCAUUGGUGUUGCUGUGAUCUCCUAACCCCUCCCCCCCCGUGGCUUUUAGGAGUACCAAGUGACUUCCAUCUGGAGAACAGUGUAUAUACCUGGAGUUACUUGGGGAUUUGUUUUUAAAACUCUGGCUGUUGGUGAUUUCUAACCUUUCCACCCUUCAGUGCCUCCUGGGGCAAGGGUCGUCUUUUCUGCUCUAUCAGAGGCCAGUAUGAAGUGUAUCAUUUAUUGUUUCCUUAUUAAAUUAUUUUUUGAA